AUGGCGGAGGCGGACGUGGAUGAUCUCGCGCAGCUUGGGACUUUGGAUAACGACACGAUAAAGAAUACCCUCAAAGCGAGAUAUAAGGAAGGCAAAAUAUACACCAACUGCGGUGAUAUUCUGAUAGCAGUGAAUCCAUGCAAAUUUCUGCCGCUAUUUGGAGAGAAGCAACAUGAAGAAUACCAUUGGAAGAAUUUGCGGGGUAUGCCGCCACCGCACGUGUUUUAUCCGGCAGCACGUGCGUAUCGCCGAAUGCAGGAGACACGAACUAACCAGGUGAUACUUGUUGGAGGGGAGUCCGGAGCAGGAAAGACAGAGAGCACAAAAUAUAUGGUUAAACAUCUCGUGUCCUUGUGCCCAAAAGAUACUACCGACCUCCAUCAACGUAUAAUUAAGAUAAAUCCACUGCUCGAAGCUUUCGGAAAUGCCAAAACAACGAUGAACGAUAACUCCAGCAGAUUUGCCAAAUAUUUAGAAAUGACUUUCUUAGCCAACGGCCGUAUAAAAGGAGCCAUAGUGCGAGAUUACUUGUUGGAAAAGUCUCGAGUGGUUGACCAGAUGGACAAUGAGGGAAAUUUUCACAUUUUCUACUGUAUGUUUGCCGGAGCUCCAGAUGCUGUCCUCAAAAAUCUGUACCUGAAAGAUGCCGGCACUUACAGAAUUUUAAAAGGGAAUCGGGAACAACUAGCCAGAAAGGAAUUCUACAGAAAGAUGUACAAGGAACAGAUCGAAGUUCUUAAGACCAUUGGCCUGGACCAGCAGGACAUCGACAUCAUACACACUGUGUUGGCGGCUAUCCUGCUCAUCACACAGGUGGAAUUUGAGGAGCCUGAUAAUCCCAACAAGAUCCUGGACAUCAAGGGCACUACUACAGCAGCUAACGUUGCCGAACUGCUGAAUGUCUCGGAUGAGGACUUUUGUCACGCUCUCAUCGCCACAAAACAGACAUAUGUUGGAGAUGCAGUGGUAAAACGAAAAUCCAUGGCUGAAGCAAUUGAUACCCGGGACGCGUUCGCUAAAGCGCUCUAUGAACGGCUCUUCGGCUGGAUCGUGCGUCAAAUCAACCAAAACCUCCAUCCUUCAACAUCAUCUUCAGGAACUACCAGCAUUGGAAUUCUUGAUAUUGCUGGUUUUGAGAAAUUACAAUCCAACAGCAUGGAACAGAUGUGUAUCAAUCUUAUUAAUGAAAGGCUGCAGAAUUUCACCAACAGUAACGUUCUGGAUUUUGAAAUGUCAAUCUAUAAAGAGGAAGGGAUUCAGGUGACCCACGUUAAUUUCAAGAACAACAACGCAUUGCUGGAUAUGUUUAUGAAGAGAAUAUACGGCGUGUUGCCACUCCUUGACGAAGAGUCAAAGCUAGGACAAGGUUCGAAUGAAGGAUUUGUCAAGAAAUUGAAAGAUAACUACGAGACACACGAAUGUUUCACCUCAUCUCCACAGGAACGAGCGGAAUUUGGUAUCAGACACUUCGCUGGCCAGGUGUGGUAUGACGCAUCAGAGUUCAUUCAAAAGAAUCGUGAUAUGCUUAGCGCUGACAUAAUCAGCUGUAUGAAAGCGAGUGAGAAUCCAUUCGUAGCCGAUCUCUUCACUGUCAAAAAAGGACCGACGGGAACUAUUUCAGCAACUAGGUAUGACAUCAGAAGGUCUGAAAAAGCGCCAGGUAGAGGUCCGAGAAAACCUGCCACAGCGAAAGGACAUCUUUUAAUGGCCGAGCUAGGAAAAUCUUUAAAAAGAAGAUACGGAGACCUUCAGAACACUAGUCAGGUGUACAACCCCAAAGAUCAAAAAACAGUUAUCUCAUACUUCCAGAGUUCUCUGAAUGACUUGUUGCUUAAAUUACAACAAGGAGAACCUUACUAUAUACGGUGCCUCAAACCCAACAUGUUUCUCGUGCCAGAUAAAUUUGAUGACGAAAAAGUCUUGGAACAGAUGCUUUAUAAUGGGAUAUCGGAGGUGGCCAAAAUAAGAAAACUUGGACUUCCUGUCCGGAAACGAUAUGAGGAGUUCACAAAGAGAUACGGAAUGCUGAACAUGAAAGGGUUGGAAAAAAAACCAGGCAGAGCAGGAACAGAGUUGAUCCUAAGGAAUGUUUUACCAGCUAGGAAGAUGUCUAUGAUCAAAUUUGGUAAAACAAGGGUUUUCAUGCCGGAAGAUAUCAGUAUCUGGCUAGAAAAAUGUCGACAUUACAGGGAACGAGCAGCGGUAGACACCAUUGCUAGGAUAUGGCAGCAUUAUUAUGUCGAAAAGACACGCAAAGAAAGAGAAAGGGUGUCUUCACUGUCGCGGGAGCUUGAACGUAGUUCACACGAUCACACCUUGGGUAAAUCCAUUGGACAUUCAACUAAACCUGGAAAUGAUAUGGGACAUUCUUUCAAAACCGAUGCAACGUACUAUACAAGCAAUGAGUUCACGAAUAGUGGUCUUGGGGAUACAAUGUCGACAACAUAUUCCGAUUCUGAUGAUGACUACCGUUCGAAUACAUUCAAUCCAAUAGAUGGCUUUAAGAUUGCCAGUUCUAUUAGACCAGGAAAGCUAAAUGGAGGAAGUAAGAGAAAGGGGAAAGCCCCUACACCUGUUACAAGAUAUAGCACACAGGGCAACACCAACACAAAGGAUGCCAAAACAGAAAAUAAAGAGACCAAACAGAAGGAUGAAUUUUGGGAUAUCUUCAAAAUCAUUAGCCGUGAGUCAAAGAGAGAAGAUAUCUAUACAAGUGGUUGGAUGCAGGUGUUGAAGAUUAUCACCUACUUUGUGUUAGCACUGCUUCUCCUGAGUUGCUCCGUGCUGCAAAAGAUCAGUUUGGUAACACUUGUAUCAGAAGAAAAAAACCCCGGGGAAAGGAGUGCACGCUACAGUCUUCUGUUGAUUGCCAUAUGCACCCCGUACGCCCUGGCAUUUCUUCUUAGUCUAUGGAGGUCUCUAUUUGGAAACGUACCUAUUCCGAGUUUGAAAAGCGUCAUUGUUGUUGCAGUCGUGGAAGUUCUACACUCAAUAGGAUUGUCGAUACUGGCCUUUCGAAUCCUGCCGGAAAUCGACGUUGUACGUGGGGUUCUUCUGCUCAGCGGUACCUGUAUGGUGCCUAGUAUCAUUAAACCUUUGUGCUCGUCGACUAAAAAUCCCAAAAUGAGAUUUAAAUCAACAAUAGGAAAGAUGUUUGUGUUCCUGUUUGAUCUGCUGGCAGCCAUAGGACAACUUUCUGCAAUACCAGUGGUUGUUUUAUUCGGAUAUUACAUGGAUAACCGGACCUUUGUGGAAGAUAACAAAAAAAUAGCAGAACUUAUGUUCGCUCUUCUGCUUUGUUCGUUGUCAUAUUGGGAAAAUUUCAUCGAUGACAGAUUCUGUGGAACGUUGAAGGAGACAAAUAAGUUGCAAAUCGCAAUGCUAGGAUUGAAAUUUGAUUUGCAAGAAUGUCGUCCGAUGUUAUACGCAGUUGCUACUCCGGCGAAAAUUAUCACUACUGGAAUAGUAGCAUUCCUGUAUUUGGAACAAGACAAGUACCUAGAACUGAAAUGGGCAUUUGACAUCAUAUUUGGCAGAACUGACGAAAAUUCUCUCACGUAUACAUCAGUCGCUUGUCUGAUCUUGUCUGCAUACAUUGGUCAUUAUAUCGCCUACACGGCCUGUAAAUUACAGAUGCAGAUCAUUGCAUACUCCGUACCGUUACUUCUCUCCACGCCAAUCGCUGUUGUCAUACUGUUCUUAGACUGCGAAUAUGGCUUCCUGAUAAAUGUAUCGAAUGAAGACCGCACCUGUGACGGAGCGUUUUUAGAAUACUGGUGGCACUUGCCAGUAGCCGCUGGAUGGCUGAUUUCCGUAUACUGGAUCGGACGCCAUAUAUGGUUUCCUUGUCAGGAUAGGCUUGCAAAGCUUGAGCACUUGUUCAUGAGUCCCAUAUACUGUGGUGUUAUCAUGGAGCAAGAUCUUAUAAUGAACCGGCGCCGUCACACCAGAAAAAUAGCCAAGAUCAACAUCAAUGGACAAGUAUGCUACAGGUUAAACCUGGAUAUAGUAAAGUCUUUAGGGAAGGAAAAGGAAGAAGAAAUCGAGGAUACCAUACCUCCUAUGAUUUAUGCAUGCGGUACGAUGUGGCAUGAAACACGGCAAGAAAUGGUUCAGCUUCUCAAGUCGUUAUUCAGAAUGGACAAAGAUCAAUUUCUGCGGAAGCGUGCAGUAGAAGAGUUCAAAGUUAAACCUUCCGAAAUAAAAUACUAUGAAUUUGAACCACAUAUCCUCUUCGACGACGCCUUCGAAACGAAUGAUGAUGACCAGAGAGUGCCAAACAGCUUUGUAAAUCUUCUUGUUGAACUGAUGGAGGAGGCUGCAAGCUCUGUUCAUGAACGAUCGAUGACCAUCCAUGCCCCUGUCAAAAUUCCGACUCCAUAUGGCGGCCAACUAGUGUAUCUGAUGCCUGGGGAAAAUCUCAUGUUCAUCCACAUGAAAGACAAAAAUAAAAUUCGACAUAGAAAAAGAUGGUCACAGGUGAUGUACAUGUACUACCUACUGGGAUACCGAAUCCUCAAAGAAUGUCAGGAAAUUGUCAUGGCAGCUAUCGAGGGAAACCAGUUCAACGAUUUGGCCAGCUGGCGGGAUUUCGAGAGGCAGAACACGGGAAGAGUAGAGAGAAGUCAAAUAUUUCAGUUUUUGGAUGAUGAAGUGAUUUACAGAGCGCGAAACACGUUUCUCUUAGCGUUGGACGGUGACGUCGACUUUACCCCCGGAGCAGUACAUAUGCUCAUGGACAAAAUGAAGAAAAAUGAAAGGGUUGGGGCGGCUUGUGGUCGUAUUCAUCCAAUCGGGAAAGGUCCAGUUGUGUGGUAUCAGAAAUUUGAAUACGCUGUAGCUCACUGGCUUCAGAAAUCCACUGAACACGUACUCGGUUGCGUGUUGUGUAGCCCGGGAUGCUUCAGCAUGUUCCGAGGUUCAGCAAUCAUGGACGACAAUGUUAUGAGAAAAUACACUAUUCUUCCGAGUGAAGCUUCUCAUCAUCUCAUGUAUGAUCAAGGCGAGGACAGAUGGCUGUGCACCCUUCUCCUACAGCAGGGCUACCGUGUCGACUAUGCAGCAGCGUCCGAUGCCUUCACUUACGCUCCUGAAGGAUUUGACGAAUUCUUCAAUCAGCGUAGACGAUGGAUGCCUUCCACCAUUGCCAACAUCCUGGACUUGCUUCAAGAUGGACGGAAUACUGUGGCUGUCAAUAACAAUAUCAGCUGGCUCUAUAUCUUCUACCAAGGGUGUCUCAUGGUGUCGACAGUAAUUGGCCCAUCGACAGUGCUUAUGAUGAUCGCUGGAGCUCUGGUCACUGUCUUCAACGUGGAAUUGCUCGAUUCUUAUCUCAUAUCCGGUAUCCCGGCAAUUUUGUACUUUUUCAUGUGUUUCUGGGUUAAAACCAAAUACCAGCUUCUUGCGGCACAGUUGCUCAGCGCAGCCUACGUCUUUAUCAUGAUGGUGGUAUUUGUCGGGUGUAUAGUGACAGCUGUUAAGGAAAACCCUUUCCAUCCGAGCGUGAUAUUUCUUGCAUCCUUGGUAAUCAUAUUUGUGAUAUCUGCCUGCUUCCAUCCUCAAGAAUUCAGCUGCAUCAUUUUUGGAGCACUCUAUUUUGUUUGUGUUCCUAUGGGCUUUUUGCUUUUAGUAAUAUAUUCUCUUUGUAAUAUGCAUAACAUAUCAUGGGGAACUAGGGAAGUACCUAAAAAGAAAACGAAGCAAGAGAUUGAAGAAGAAGAAAGAAUAAAAAAGGAGAAAGAAGAAAAGAAGAAGCAAGGAUUCCUUGCUAGAUUUAUGCCAAAACUGCAGUUUCAGGACAUGUUUAAGGUCAUCAAUGAUCUACAAAUGACAAAGAAAAAAGAAGACGAAACAACGGAAAUGUUAAAGGCUAUGAACAGGAACUUUGAGGCUUUACUGAAGCUUCAACAAAACAAUGGAAACAUGCCAGCACCAAAUGUACCAGGUGCGAGUGAGGCACCAACGGCUAUCAUCUCACAGGGCCCGCCAUCAAUUCUAAAGAAAGGUGUAAAGUUUGAGGAGAAAGUGAUUAGUAAUGAGAUCCCAGAAGAUACGGGAAAACCAGAAAAGACAGAUCGAGAUGACAUGGAAUGUCCACAUUGGGUGGACGUAGAACAAUUGGGGAGGGGACCAAUCCUGCGAAUGAAUAAUGCAGAGGAAGAGUUUUGGAAAGGUUUCAUUCGCAAAUAUCUUUAUCCACUGGAUGCUGAUAAACAAAAACAGAAGGAAACUGCUGCUCGAUUGAUAGAACUUAGAAAUAGUGUCUGUGCUGGUAUGGCCAUAGUUAACUUGCUAUGGAUAGCUAUUAACUUCAUGUUCCAGCUUCGCAAGCCAGCGGUUAUUUCUUUCCCGGUACCGAGCAAUUUGGAUGACGGAGAAGUGAAUGUGAACAAUCUGGAAAUUGAUGCCCUUGGGAUGAUGUUUGUGAUAUUUUAUGUUCUAAUCCUGGUUAUCCAAUUCAUCGGUAUGCUGAUGCACAGAUGGGGAACAUUUUUACACCUAAUUGCAAUAACAGAUAUACCAAACCCUUGUCAAAAGACUAUCAGCGAGGACGAUAUUGAAAAGGGAAACCCUAAAAUGUUAGCGAAGAAAGUACUGGAAUUUUGUGAACGAUUAGACUCCGAGCCGAUGCCCGACUAUCCAAUUGAUAGUGACGAUGAGGAUCAAGAGGCAGAGCAAACUUUAAAUGCUCUAAAAGAGGUGAUCACUAAUAUACAGACGAAAGGCACAAAGAAUAUUCCUGGAUCAAGUAAUCCCCUUGGGAAAAGUUUCCGCCAAACUGCAAUCGGCACGUCAUAUAGAGGCUCUACAAGAGGCAGUAUGCAAAACAACAGGCCGCACGAGUUCAUACGAUCCAUUAUUCGAAAGACAGUAACGCCAAAUGACCGACUAUUAAACAGAAAUGAGAAUACAACACAGGACAGAGUAUUUGAUGUAAAUGCAUUAAAUGAUCUUGAAAAAGAGGUUCCAAAACGACGAUUUGCUGUUGGUAUGCCAUUACAAAAACAUUUUGCAAACGAAGUUAGAAACAGAAAACUACCCAAUUUACCUGAUGAUUUGAGAGGAAGGGAAAACGGAUUAAGUCGAACUUUGCCAAGAGGGUCAUAUUCAGCAGCUCAAAGUGAUUACGACGACGAAAUAUACGACACGAUUCCUGCGAUAGGUACUAUGGGUAAAAACUUUGCAAAGAAAUUCAAAAAAUUCAGAGAACAGGAGAGAAGCGAGAAAAGUAGAAGUACUGUGCAAAGGGGAACCAGAUCCUACGAAAUGUCGCACAUGUAA